CAUUUUAUAUUGAAAAUGGAGGUUUCUAAUAACACUGACGCUGUAAAUCUUGGCGUUGGUGAAGUAGAAGCUGAGAUUGGAGAAGAGCUAAAACAAUUAGAGGAAGUAAAAGAUUACGAUACUCGUAGUGAGGUGUCUAGUUCUUCAUCGAGUGAUUCAAGUACUCCAAGCAUUAGUUCAGUCAGUAGUAACAAAUCUAAAGCAAGACGUGCAAAUCGUAAACGCACAAAAUCCGACAGCCAUUCUCCCGUUCAAACCAAACGUCGUUGUGUUUCUUCUAGUAAUACAAAGAUCAAAACUUAUGACUAUAUGACUAAACUAAAUUACUUAUUUAGAGACACUCGGUUCUUCCUUAUAAAAUCGAACAACGCAGAAAAUAUAACACUAUCGAAAGCAAAAGGUGUUUGGUCAACAUUACCACAAAAUGAAGCAAACUUAAAUCAAGCCUAUAGAGAAUCAAGAAAUGUUCUGUUAAUAUUUUCAGUAAAAGAGAGUGGUAAAUUUGCUGGUUUUGCAAGACUAGCUAGUGAAUCUCGUAGAGAUGUCCCUCCAAUAUCAUGGGUGCUUCCACCUGGACUUUCGGCAAAAGUUCUGGAUGGAGUUUUCAAAGUAGACUGGAUUUGCAGAAAAGAGCUGUCUUUUAGUAGCACGCUCCACUUAUAUAAUCCUUGGAAUGAAGGAAAACCAGUUAAGAUUGGUAGAGAUGGUCAAGAAAUUGAGCCUAAAGUUGCUGAAGAAUUGUGUAGACUGUUUCCUGAAGAUGAGGGAAUAGAAAUGACUCCUAUUUUAAGAAAAUCUAAAGAAGCAUCCAAGAAAGGAUACCUAAAAAGUGGUGGCAGCUAUAGAACUUACAGAGCACCCUUAGCAGCUAGAGGAAACAGUUUUAGAAAUCGUAUGAACUCCUCAUCAAGAAGCAGACGAAAGCCCUUUAUGUCUCCAAGAAACCGCUUGGGAUCAUCUUUUAAAAGAAGGUCACCAUCACCUUACAUGAGGGACCGUUUGCCUUCUUGGUUUGUAAGAAACCGUGAAAGUUAUUCUAAUACUGGCUCUGCUGCUGCUGAAGCCUAUGUAGCAGAGUACAUGCGCUCAAUGCACCAUCAAUUGCCACCACUACCGUACGUGCCACCUCCAGGAUUCAGCGGUGCUAUUGCAACAUAUGAUGGCUUACCACCUCCUCCGCCACCUCCACCUCCGAGAUACUAUGAUUUGGCUGAUUAUCCUCGGUCAGUGCUUGUGUACGAUAAAAGGUCAUAUGAACGUUCUGUAGAUGAGUUUCUGUGGCGAACGUCUGACCGCUCGCGUGGUCGUAGUCGUGAACGUGAUUCACAUAGAUCAUACAGAGAUCGACGAUAAUAGUCUUUUUACCACCGAUGUAUUGUUUUAUGAUUGCUAAUAAAUAAUUGUGUAUGAA